GGAAGUAUCACGUAGAUCAAUAGAUUUGAUAUUCUCCUUUAUUUCAUUAAUUCUAAUUUGGAAUGAAAAUAUUCUCAGCUAAAAAAAUCGCAAAUAUUGAUGUACCUGGUUUGGCAGCUCAACAGUAUAUGUUGGUUUUGGUUUGCUGAGUUGAAGUGGUGGGAGUGGGCACGAGUAAUAACGGAUGACUAAAGAGUUUACAACUUAGAAGAGAGGAGGGAGUCCCAUGGUUUUCCGUCCCCAGCUGUUGUUUCUUUUUUAGUUGUAAUCACCUCUUCUCCUUUUUGUCAAUUAAUACAGCAAACGUACAAAUCAUUACAACCCCACCCCAAAAGGCCGCUCCGCCAAUCUCAACAACAAACAAAACCACACCCGAAAUCCAUUACUACUUACAAAAACUCAAAACCAGUUGAGAGAAACAAAUUGACUGCACAAACUCUUUCGACAAUCUUCGCCGUAUACGGCCCCAACCCAAAGAAAAGUCAUGUUCCAACGCCACUUCUAUUCCCUUCAAUCCGCGUAAAUCCAUCUUCACACUCUUCAUUUCUUUCUCCUUUUUUUUUUGGGUCAAAAAAGAGAGAAUUUUGUUACUGGUUACACGAUGCCACGAACGAUCCCACCACUGCCGCCACCGCAGCAGCAACCGCCUUUGAUCUACCACGAGCGUCCUUUGCCCACGCGCCUCAUCUUCCCGCCUGUCGCAGCUGUCACGGCUGCCUUUUCAAUCUUCUUAGUUCUAUCCGUGUGCCUCCGCAAAAUCCGGCGAGAACGUACGGCUCCAGCCGACUCUAAGCCGCCACACCGGUUCUCCUACUCCAUCCUUCGGCGUGCUACCUGUUCGUUCUCCGCCUCUCGCCGCCUUGGACAAGGGGGCUUUGGCUCCGUCUACCGCGCCUGCCUCCCUAACAACAAAGAAAACAACAAGAACAACAACAACCAAACCGUCGCCGUCAAGGUGAUGGACGCCGGUUCCCUCCAAGGAGAACGCGAAUUCCAAAACGAGCUCUUCUUCGCUUCAAAACUCGAUUCUUCCCUGGUGGUGUCAGUCCUCGGCUUCUCCUACGACCGAAAACGACGCCGCAUGCUCCUCGUUUACGAGCUCAUGCCGAACGGCAAUCUACAAGACGCGUUGCUUCAUCGAAAAUGCCCCGAAUUAAUGGACUGGAAACAGAGGUUUUUGAUUGCUGUUGAUAUUGCCAAGGGACUUGAAUAUCUCCACGGAUUGGAUCCUCCGGUAAUCCACGGAGAUAUUAAGCCUAGUAAUAUUUUGUUGGAUCAGUAUUUUUCAGCCAAAAUUGCGGAUUUUGGAUUAGCGAGGGUGAAAUCAGAGGAGAGCAAAGUGGAAAUAGGUGAGGAUUGUGGAUCUGUAGCGGAAACUGAGAGUGUGGCUACGGCAAUUGAGGAGUUCAAUUUGGUGGCUGAUCAAUCGCCGGGUUCCGUUAUGGAAUCACCGGAGAAUGCGGAGGUUGUUACAGUUGCGGUUUCUCCAGAGACAGUUGGGGUGGCAGCUGCAAUGUCUCCGGAAAUGAUGGAGAAAGGAAGUGUUUCGGAGGUGAAUUUCGAUAGGGCUAGUGUGGAGAGUGGAAAGGAAUUGGGGAAUGGCGGGAAGCGGAGUGGGAAAGGGUUAAGGAGUGGUUCCGGUAGGGAUUGGUGGUGGAAGCAAGAUAAUGGGGCGGUGGCAGAGAGUGGGAAAGUGAAGGAUUAUGUGAUGGAAUGGAUUGGGACUGAGAUUAAGAAGGAAAAACCUAGUAGUGAUUGGAUUGCUUCGGUGGCUUCUUCAAGUAGUGAACUGAAUGCGAAAUUGGAGAAGAAUAAGAAGAAGAAGAGUAGAAAACGGUUGGAAUGGUGGGUGUCGAUGGAGGAUGAUAAGGAAAGGAAUGUAAAGAAGGAGAAGAGGAGGCCAGCAAGGGAGUGGUGGAAAGAGGAGUAUUGUGAAGAGCUCGCUAAAAAGAAUAAAAAGAAGAAGAAGAGACAGUUGGGGAUGUACCAUAGUGAUGAUAAUGGUGGUGGGGAGAAUUGGUGGCCGGUUGAUGACGAAUUGUUUACAGAGAAGAAGAAGAAGAGUAAAAGAAGUAGAAGUAGAGGUAGUGUUGGUAGUGUGGAUUGGUUAUGGGAUGGGCUUAGUGGUGAAUUGUGGAGAGCUCGCCGGAACAGUUAUGAUUCAUUCAGUGGGGAGAUUACUAAGAGUGGUGGUAUGAGCAGUACACCCAGUAUGAGAGGAACCGUUUGCUACAUUGCUCCUGAAUAUGGCGGUGGUGGGGAUCUAUCGGAGAAGGUCGAUGUUUAUAGUUUUGGGGUUCUGCUGUUGGUUUUGAUAGCAGGGCGGCGACCCCUGCAGGUUACAGGCUCACCUAUGUCGGAGUUUCAGCGGGCCAAUCUGACUUCUUGGGCACGGCAUCUUGCGCGAACAGGAAAGCUCCUUGAUUUGGUUGACCAGAGUAUACAGUCUCUGAACAGGGAACAGGCUCUUUUGUGCAUCACGGUUGCAUUGCUUUGUUUGCAAAAGUCACCUGCUAGUCGGCCUUCCAUGAAGGAGGUUGUGGAGAUGCUCACUGGUGAGGCAGAGCCGCCUCAACUACCAACUGAAUUUUCCCCUUCACCACCAUCAAGAUUCCCUUUUAAGCCACGUAAGAAGGUCCGGUGAGGUGAGCUUUCAGUGCCCAGCGGUAAAUUUUCUCAAACAGUAGCUUACUGCUGUAAAUCAUUGUUUCGUCAUCUUUUCAGAUUGAUCAUUGUAAAGAAAUCAUAGUAAUUGUUCUUUUUUUCCCAUUUAAAAUUAAAUGCUCUUCAACUUUCUUUUACUUGCACUUUUGUUGAUAUUACUGUUUUGGCCUACAAGUUUAUUCAUAUACAUUGAUCACAUAUUUGUUGCCUUUCUGUAUCAAAACUGUGAAGAUGCAAAUCAAGACACUGAUCCCUCGGAUUUUCUCUCUAAAGUUUCUCACAUUGCAUUGA